UGUGCAGCGUGGGCAUAUCAAGAUGGCGGACGAGGGUUUUUUACUGAACUCUGGAGAUCGCUUGCCUGCAGUUGGGCCCUUCAUUUGUACAAUACAAUUUCUGGGGCUGGUUAAACAAAGCCUGGAUAAGUGUUAUCCAGUGGAUAAAAGAGUGGUGUGAUUCAAAUGCCAAAAGCCUGCAUAAAAGUUGUCCACAGUGCAUUGUUAUCCGGAUGAUAGAGAUGCGCUCAACUCCUGAUUGUGAUGUGAUUUAUGAAGCUCUUGAUGCAGCUCUUGGCUGUGGGUACAGAUUAAUAGAUACAGCUGCAGUGUACAGGAAUGAAGAAGAUAUUGGGAGAUCCCUUAAAAGACUGUAUACCAAGUAUGGGCUUAGGAGGAAAGAUAUCUUCAUUACUAGUAAACUAGCACCAAGAGACCAUGGAAUAGACAAAGCAGAGAAGGCGUGCCUGAAGUCAAUACAAAAUCUCGGUUGUGAAUACUUGGAUCUCUACUUGAUUCACUGGCCUGGUGUACAAAAAUUAAAAAGUGACGACCCAAAAAAUGCAGUUCUACGUACAGAGAGUUGGAAGGCACUAGAAAAACUUUCUUUUGCUGGACACAUUAGUUCUAUAGGAAUUUCUAACUACACAAUUGGACACAUAGAGGAACUGCUUGGAUUUGCAAAUGUUACUCCAGCAUUAUUACAGGUUGAAUUCCACCCUCGUCUUUAUCAAACAAAGUUACUUGAAUUUUGCCAGUCAAACACUAUAACACUGCAGGCUUACACCUCUCUGGGUCAAGGCAAGCUUUUGAAUGAGUCAGAAGUGCUCCAAGUUGCCUGCCAACAUAAUGUCACACCAGCACAAGUUUUGCUAAAGUGGGCUUUACAACAUGGUGUUGGUGUCAUCCCAAAGUCUACAAACCCUAAAAAUAUAACCACAAACAUUGACCUAUCCGACCUUCAACUUUCUGCAGAGGAUAUGGCAUUGUUAGAUAACUUGAACUCUGACCUCCAUUUUUGCUGGGACCCAAGUAGGGUGUUAUGACCCCAAGAUGGAGAUCAGCUGGAGAGAGAGUAUGGUAUAGGUAGAAGAGGACCAUCCACAUACCAGCACUAAGGUUAAAGUAGAAAUUUUUUUUAUCCCUUUGCCUCAGUUUAAGUCAGUGAGAAAAAUCGGGGGUUAGCAACAAGGCUUUGUCUCUCGUCAGGCGCCUCAAGGGCUAUUUACAUUGUGCCAAAAAGCAUUGUCUUGUAGCCCUUUUUCAAAACUGCACUGUCAUGCCAAAUCAAUUUAUGAAAGUUUAAACUGAUAAAUUUGCAAUUUGAACUUAAUAAAAUGUCUUGGGCAAAUAAUUGUGUGUACAUGGUGUUGUUAAAAAUAACAAAAUCCGCCACCAUGGUACCAACAAUUUAAAUUGGAUAUUUCUGUAAUUUUACUGGAUUGUUUACACAUUACAUUUUGUAGCCCACUUUGAAAUUGCAAAUGUCAAAUGACCAUUUGAGAACAUUGACUUUUAGAGAAGGAACAUAUUCAAUAAAUUUUAAAGGGAAUUACAACAGUCUGUAAUAAAACAAAGGAGGUAACCAUUAUUUAUAUAAAUUGUCAAAAAUAUAAGAUGUCCAUCACUCAAGACCUGGGUGAACAUGACCAUUAUGCAUCUUGAGAUUUCACAUAUUUGUUUAGUUAUCAUGAAAAAACUUAUAUUGGCUAUUUGCAACCCCCUUGCCUGUAAAGACAUACAAGAAGGAAUAGUUAAAUCUUUAAAUACUGUAGUUUGCCUAAAAAAUAAAAAUAGAUAAUCCAUA